GGUCGCCGAGCAACGCGCCCUCUCUAUGGUCCCGCGGGCGGCAUGUGGCGGCUGCUGCUGGGCCGCGGCGGCCUCGCGCGCUGCUUGCUGUCGCCCACCCGCCCCGCGGCCGCCGCCGCCUCCGAUUCUGCCGACGGCCGCGGCUCCGCGCGGUGCUGCUGUGCGCCCGAGUGUCAGCACGGCCGGGCCCGCGAUGGCCGAGAGCGUGAGGGACGGCGGCAGCCGCUGCCCGGCCUGGUGCCGCGCUGCUCCGUGCUGGAUGCGGUCACCUGGGGGGCACUGGCCGCGCUCCUGCUGCAGCUGGUCAGGCAGAUCUCCUGGCUGCGAUCGCUGCCGGAUGCCAGGAGGGAGCCCAAGCCUCCCUGGUUGCCCUCGCUGCCCGCACAGCACACAGUGGUGCCUGAUGCCUCAGCCGGCCUUCCCUGUGCCCAGCUGGGGCCCUGCUUCCUGCAGAAAGCAGAGGUUGUACCAGAGAAUUCAUCCUCAGGCAUCCCCUUGGGGUCAGGAGAGAGCCAGCCCUGGGUGGAAGAAGGGGAGUUCCCAGUCCCUCAGUGCUCCAGCCUGAGGCCAGUUCCGCACAGUACAAAGGAAAACCCAGCUCAGCGAGAGCAUUUGGAGGAAGCUGCUUUUCAGUUGCAGCAUAUUUUCCGGGUUGAUAUUUCUAUUGCAUUCAAUAUCCUUGGGAUUGAAAGUAUGAGAGCAGGCCACUACCAGAUAGGCUAUACCUGCUUCAAACUGGCAGCAGAUCGAGGCUACAGCAAAGCCCAGUUCAAUGUGGGUCUAUGUUAUGAGCAUGGCAGAGGCACAGAAAAAGACUUGGAAAAGGCAGCUUUUUAUUACUACCUUGCAGCCAGCAGCUGUCACCCCAUGGCACAGUACCGCUACGCUAGAUGCCUCUUAUGCCACAGUCCUGAAAGUGAAUGGCACAGGCUUCAGAAGGCAGUGACUUUCCUGGAGCAAGCAGCAGUGGCUGGACUUACAGAGGCACAGGCUUAUCUCGGAGUGUUCUACAUGAGGGGGCUACAACCUAAGGAAAAGAGAGGUCUCAAGUACCUAUUGCUGGCAGCAAAGAAUGGCGAUGCCCAAAGCAGAUACCACGUAGGCGUUUGCUAUGAGAAGGGCCUUGGAGUGCAACAGAACCUGGCAGAAGCGAUGAGACACUAUCGACAGUCAGCUGCUGCGGGGAACAGGAACGCUCAGGAGAGGCUGCGAGUGAUAGAAGAGGAGAUGGAAGAUGUGCAAAGAAAGCACCCGUUCUCUUUCGGAAUGAGAACCUCUUCCUCCAGCCCCUGUUUCUGGGCCACCGAGCGCAUGCCUGCAGGUCUCCAUACCUUCCAGCCAAGGCAACAUGCCCUCACCCUGCCCCACUCCUGGAGUGCAGACAGACUGUACACGAUGACACUCGGCAGCGCAGAAUGGAGUCAUGCCCUAGGAAACAGGGCGAGUCCGCUGGAGCUGCAGGGUUUGGAGCCCCACCACUGCGGUUACUAGAGCAGCUGCUGCCACACUGCCUACAGAACAGGAGCAUUGUCAUCCAGUCCAAGGCUCUUCCCACGUGCUGACAGCUGCCGCAGAAGCCCCGAGCCUGUUUCGUUGUGCACUUGGACCUUCUGGGACAGAAUCAUUUCAAAGAGGGUGCUCAUUUCUGAGAGGAAGGUGCUGGCCAGUCUUGUCCCAGCAGCGUUUGAGUCAGACCCAGUGCCUUUCCCGAAGGUCUCAAAGGUCCGUGGUUUCUCCUGCCUCGCAGCUUCCUCAUCCUGCGGUGAAUGCAGGGAGCCAGGGGAGAAGACGUUGUCCUUGUAAUUACCAGUGGGUGGCAGGGAGAGCCGUGCCACCCAUGCUGGGUCGGCCGUCAGCCUCUUGAGGGCCAGCUCUGGAGGGAGUGAAAGCAAGAACUGGUGGUGAGACGUGAGACAGAGGAGACCGAAGGAGAAAAGAUGAGAAACGAGGAGACUUCCUGAGAUGAAAUCUUGGAAGACUGACUGUAAGCAAAUCUAGAGAUAAGCUACCAGCAGCAUCAUUCAAACUGACAGCUUGAAAAACAAACGAGAAUUGGUUUGAAAUUCCUAUGUUUUGUUUUGCUUUGAAUAACCAUUAGGAUUAUUUUGCAUUCCCAUUUGUUGCGGUUUCUAGUGGCACUUCAAUAAAUGCAAAGCCAAAGAAAGUGAAGGUUUAGGACUAAAGGGGAUACAACAACGGAAAGCUUCCAAAGGGGAAAUGUCAAACAGAAGAAGGUCACUGGUGGACUUCCUUUACAGGUCACGCUCAAGUAGGGAUUUGCUGCUGAGUAGUCAGGUUGAGACCGAGAAGAAAUGGGUUAUUGCAAAAACAGUAAUAACAGAAGUGGAAUGAAAUUCUGGAUUAUGAAAUGCACAGCUGGGUGGUUGAGGACUAGUAGCAAAAUAUUGAGCUAUAAAGUAGUUGUUCAUCAAUUGGAAACAGAUGAGGAGCAGUGGGAGCCCAGUGUGGGCGUUGGCUGCGGGCUCGUUAAUGUACCAGUAAUGUGAUUCUGCCCUGAAAUGGGCAAAUGAAAUCAUACAAUGUGUUGGUCAAGGUAUUCCCUGUUGGCAUAAAGACAUAUCCGUGGCAUUGUUAUUAGGUCUGGCAAAACCUGAUUAGGAGUAUUACAUACAAAUCUGAUUAUCCGUCCCUAAGAAAGAGGAUCUAAAAGACAGAAGCAGAGGAAUACUGUUGAGAUGAAACAAGAGCAAGCCUGAGCUUACAAGAUGGAGACCCCAGAGAUGGGGUUGCUCAGCCUGAGGAAGCAAAUGCUCACCAGGGAUCUGACUGCAACCUGCCAUUAUUUUGAUGAGUUAAGCACCAACAAAGGAAAUCUCUAUGCUUAAAAUAGUGUUGGCAAAAGAAGAAAUGAUUAAAAGUGUCUGUGAAUAAACAUAUACUGGAAUUUCAAGGAAGGACCUCAUAGCAGAGCAAGCCUGGAAUAUCUUCCUCACCAAGCAGCAGGAAAGGAAACGGAUUCUUAUUUUUAAGGUAGAGCUUUGCAGUUGAUAAACAGGCUGAUGUGGUACACAAAAGCUGCUCUCCAACCCCGCUCUGAUCCGUUUCCUAAGCAGAACCUAGAACCGCUGGAAGCUGUGAAGGGACAGACAGGUUUGUGAAACACCUUGAGUCUGAGAGCAGCAAAACAACUGGUGUCUUGUAACAAAAAUGUGAAACGCCACAACAGCCUCAGUCAGAGGGCAAGAGUUGGUGUCAGUAUAAGAAUUAUGCCUCUUUCACUGACUUACAAAGUGAGCUCAGAAAGGAGGGUCCCCAUUCUCAUGCGCUUGUGCUGUUUCUAGAAGAUAAUGACCUGCUGGAGCCUGAGACAGCCUCAAAGGCAAGUCUCCUUCCUCAGCCAGCUAAGUAGUUACCCUUUUUCUCUGAGACAGAAUUGUGCCUCAGUGUGCCUGGGGUGAGGGGGAGCUGGGAUUCAAAACUUGGUCAGAGGAGGAAGGCAGAUGCAUUACUUACAUUUUGUUUCAGUGGAAACCUCAAAAUUCUGUCAUGUUGCUUAACUUUGAAGCUUUUUUUCUGCAAUCCCAGCAUUUUCUUUUCAUCACAGUGACUGUUCCCUAAGAGCUCUCCCAAGCAUGCUGAAGCCCCAUGCAUUUGCUUUAAAAUAGCCACAGCUCUGUCCUCAGUCUGUGCAACCGCUGUGCUCACAGAGUACUAUGAUGCUUCAGCUCUGGAGCAGAGCAGUCUGCUUACUGCAGGGAGAGCUGAGACUCAGUGGGCUGAUUGUUCUGGCCCCUGCGACCGUGAAAUCUUACAAUUAGAUAUGUUGAAUUUGACUGAUAACCUUACUGCCUUAUUUUAACAGUGUUGUGUUUUAUAAUCAAUAAAGAUGUAUCUCUUGCCAGC